AUGACCAAAGCUGAUUUGGUGAACAACCUUGGAACAAUUGCAAGGUCUGGUACCAAGGAAUUCAUGGAGGCGUUGGCUGCUGGAGCUGAUGUUAGCAUGAUUGGGCAGUUUGGUGUUGGUUUCUACUCGGCUUACCUUGUUGCUGAUAAGGGGAACGAAGAUGACCUUUACCUCAAGGAAGACCAGUUGGAGUACCUUGAGGAGAGGAGGCUUAAGGAUUUGGUCAAGAAGCACUCUGAGUUCAUCAGCUACCCGAUCUCUCUCUGGAUUGAGAAGACCAUUGAGAAGGAGAUUUCUGAUGAUGAAGACGAGGAAGAGAAGAAGGAUGAGGAAGGCAAGGUCGAGGAGGUAGAUGAGGAGAAGGAGAAGGAGGAGAAGAAGAAGAAGAAGAUCAAGGAGGUUUCUCACGAGUGGGAUUUGGUGAACAAGCAGAAGCCUAUCUGGAUGAGGAAAGCCAGAGGAGAUCAACAAGGAGGAGGACAGCUCGAGUUCAAGGCUAUCCUCUUCGUUCCCAAGAGAGCUCCUUUCGAUCUCUUUGACACCAAGAAGAAGCCAAACAACAUUAAGCUCUACGUCCGUCGUGUCUUCAUCAUGGACAACUGUGAGGACAUCAUCCCAGAAGAGACUUUGCAGCAGAACAAGAUCCUCAAGGUCAUCCGCAAGAACCUUGUGAAGAAGUGCCUUGAGCUCUUCUUUGAGAUUGCUGAGAACAAGGAGGACUACAACAAGUUCUACGAGGCAUUCUCCAAGAAUCUGAAGCUCGGCAUCCACGAGGACUCUCAGAACAGAACCAAGAUCGCUGAGUUGCUCCGUUACCACUCAACCAAGAGCGGUGAUGAAUUGACCAGCCUCAAGGACUACGUGACGAGGAUGAAGGAAGGUCAGGAGGACAUCUUCUACAUCACCGGUGAGAGCAAGAAGGCUGUGGAGAACUCUCCAUUCCUCGAGAAGCUCAAGAAGAAGGGGUACGAAGUCCUUUACAUGGUUGAUGCCAUUGACGAGUACGCCAUUGGUCAGCUCAAGGAGUUUGAGGGAAAGAAGCUCGUCUCUGCAACAAGGAAGGUCGAGAAGGUUAUCGUCUCUGACCGUGUCGUGGACUCACCUUGCUGUCUUGUCACCGGCGAGUACGGCUGGACCGCGAACAUGGAGAGGAUCAUGAAAGCUCAGGCUUUGAGAGACAGCAGCAUGGGUGGCUACAUGUCGAGCAAGAAGACGAUGGAGAUCAACCCAGAGAACUCGAUCAUGGACGAGCUGAGGAAGAGAGCUGAAGCGGACAAGAACGACAAGUCCGUGAAGGAUCUGGUUCUUCUUCUCUUUGAGACUGCUCUUCUCACUUCUGGUUUCAGCCUCGACGAGCCCAACACUUUCGGGAGCAGAAUCCACAGGAUGUUGAAGCUUGGACUUGAGCAUUGA